ACUCUUCUUCAGAUAUCCGACCAUUUUCAGAACUAACCAUGAAAGAGUCGUCGAAAUCAAGAUCAUGGCAACCCUUUAUCGCAAACUGUUGUUCUGUUGAAGAUCAUACGGUCUUCGACAACUUCAGUAGGUGUAGGACUUCAAGGUCUGAUUUUUCGAAAAAUAUAACACCCUCGCCGUCUUUUAGGCAUAUAUCGUUCUCUGACCUUAGCCAAUCUUCAUCUAUACGUAUAAACGAAGACAUAACUCACACUUUUGGUCCUGAUUUGUUUGACUUCAAACUUAGUGAGUUGCGAGCUAUAACUCAGAAUUUCUCAAGCAAUUUCUUGCUAGGGGAAGGUGGGUUUGGCACGGUUCAUAAAGGUUACGUUGAUGAUAACAUGAGGUCUGGAUUGAAGUCUCAAGCCGUUGCAGUUAAGCUUCUCGACAUUGAAGGGUUGCAAGGACAUCGUGAAUGGCUUGCAGAAGUGAUAUUCCUUGGGCAACUUAGGCACCCAAACUUGGUAAAAUUGAUCGGAUAUUGUUGUGAAGAAGAAGAAAGACUCCUUGUAUACGAGUUCAUGCCUCGUGGAAGCUUGGAAAAUCAUUUGUUCAAGAGGAUAUCGGUUUGCUUACCAUGGGGGAACAGAUUAAAGAUUGCGAUCGGUGCAGCCAAAGGGCUUGCAUUCUUGCAUGGUGCUGACAAGCCUGUCAUAUAUCGUGAUUUCAAGACAUCCAACAUCUUACUUGAUUCUGAUUUUAAUGCAAAGUUAUCAGAUUUUGGGCUGGCAACAAUGGGCCCUGAAGGAUCAAACACUCAUGUUACUACUAGAGUCAUGGGUACUUAUGGUUAUGCAGCCCCUGAAUAUGUCAAUACCGGCCAUUUGACCACAAAGAGCGAUAUUUACAGUUUUGGAGUGGUUUUGCUAGAACUACUGACCGGGAAAAGGGCAAUGGACAAAACUAGGCCCAAAAGCGAGCAAUAUCUCGUGGAUUGGGUAAAACCAUACUUGACUAGUAGCCGAAGACUUCGUUGCAUUAUAGACACACGGUUGGCAGGGCAGUAUUCGGUCAGGGGAACCAAGGAGAUGGCCCUUUUAGCACUAUAUUGUGUGAGCUUGAAUCCUAAAGACAGGCCUAAAAUGACUGAGAUCAUUGAAACCCUUGAAGGGCUACAAAAUUUGAAAGACAUGGCAAUCAGUUGCGGACAAUGGCCCGUUGGUUCACAAAAGAAUGCAAGAAAUGCGGUUUUCAAUCCGAAAGGCAGAAAUGAAAUGAAUGGAGGUCGUAUAUAUUGGAAACAGACUCCAGUGAACACCAUAAGAUCGAAAGCAUAAUGAACAAAUAUGUGAUAAAUUUAUCAAGGGAAAUUAACCAAUGCUUCUACUAUUAUGUACAUAAGCUCAUAUAAUAAUAUACGCAUUUAAAUUUUGACAA